CGAUCAGACCAUGCCGCUACAAGGUCUCCCGGAGGAUAUCCUCCUCGACAUCUUCGAACGACUACACGUGUACGACAUCUUAUCUUUGCGACAAACAUGUCGAACCCUCGAGUUAGCGACACGCGAGCGUGCCGUAUGGCACGAAGCCUUGUCAAGACACGCCCGGCAAAGUGGACUGCCCAUACCUCGUCUUCAAGGAGCGGAGCAGUCUGCCUUGUCGGCCAACGAACUGGAGAGACUCACUCUGCGGACUUUACGCUUCUGGUCGAACUGGCAGGCUCCCCAGCCAAAGGAAUGCCAGCAAAUCAGCAUACGGCCAUACAGGCCGACUACGCCCACCCGUGGCGCCCGCAACCUCGCUUUCAACUUCCUACCUGACAGUCCUGGCUACAUCCUCGUUUUGACGUUGUACGAUGACGUUUCGCACAACAGGCGGUAUUGCUUCGAGCUUUGGGACAUCUCCUGCACAUCGAGUGCCGUGUUUGUGGACGAUAUCCAAGUAGAGGCCUUGCUUGGGUAUGCUGUAAAUCGCGUCCGUGGCAGCUCUAACGCCAUGAUUGUCACACGUCGGGAUCCGACUUCGCAACAGUGCAUAACGGAGCUUUACAGGAUCGAUCUGCCUCGCACCGAAGGCUCCUCAUGCUUUCAGCGAGUUAACCAUUUCCCGGGGUACAAGAACACCAUCGGCCUGCAUGGCUCGCGAUUAAUAGCCACGGACGCCGACCAAGACGUUCGUGUGCUCGAUGUCGAUGCGGGCCGUCUGGAGUUUACGCUCAAGCCACCCGUCAUGCUUGACGACCCGACCUUACGUUUCGCAGAACGUCAAUGCAUGGACGCCGUCAUCGUAGACGACUUUUUGCUCAGCUUCUGCAAGCAAUUCAUAUACCUCUACCAUCUCCCUCCUCGCUCGCACGAUAACUCGAACUCUCAGGAACCCCCACAGCUAGACGCUAUCGCAGCGUACAAAUGGCGCUGGCGCAUAGACACGCUCGUCGCCCAGCCGCGCCUCCAUCUCUCCCGAAGUCUCGGCCACGGGACUCCCUCUGCCCCCGCGCCGCCCCCACUCAUCGACAUCCUCAUCCGCUUCGACACCUGGUUCCCCUGGCCCGUCAACAUCCUGCACCACUUCGUGCUCGCCCCCAACCCCGCCUACCACUCCGCUGCCUAUCCCGCCGACCCUACAGCGAUCCCAUACCUGCUCGCUCAGGACGGCCCGUUCAUGGUGCACGCGCUCCCGUCCCCGCUGCGCAUCUUCACCCCCUCGGACGUCGCGCUCGGUGCGCACGGCACUGCGCUCUGGAUCGAUGCGGCCACGGAUGGCGGCGCGGCGGCACAGGCAGGCGACCACGGCCAGCGCGUCGCGGGCAAGGUGCUCACGCGCGCGCCGCUGCCGGGGCUCCGCGCGCGGGUGCGUCCGGGAGACGACGCAGUGAGCCCGGGGCUGGCGGCGGAGGUGGAGGGCGAGGGCGAGGAGGCACACGAGACGGGGGCGGACGGGGUGAGGGAGGCGCCCGGGCCGACGAUGCGUGGGGGGACCACGGUGUCGGUGUUUCAGGCGCAUGAGGGGGAGGCGAGGUGGAAUAGGGUGGCGGUGGACGAGGAGGGCGGGCGGGUGGCGGUGGGGCAUGUUGAUGGGACGGUGACGGUGAUGUCGUACGUUCCGCUGUGA